UUCGCACGCAGCUUUAUGAUAAAAGCUAAAUUAUCAGGUUUAGUGGUGCAGUACAAGACAAGGAGCAGUGUGAAGCAACAACCUCUGUCGAUGAGUUGGUUAUUCACAUCCAUAUGGCUCUUCUACAAAAUCAGAAGCUUCAUUAUUCACUACGUCCAGUACUUUUGUAUAUUAGUAGUGAGUUGGGAAGUGGGGCUGCGAUAUGGCAUAUGGGGGCUAUUGGUGGUAGCCCUAGGCAUAGCUCUUACCCCAGAGAAAUUUAAAAAUAUUAUAUGGUUUGCACGCGAGAAGCAGAUGGCUGAGAUGUCCUCCUCUUCUAAGGUCAACUUGCCACAUGUAAACUGGUCUGGGUUUAUUAACCAGGUUAUUCAUCAGCUGUGGCCGUUAGUCACUAUUUACAUGGAGAACUGCCUAAGAAACACUGUUGAACCUAAAAUCAACGAAUAUUUAGAAAGGUGGAAAAUCCUCACAUUUAAGUUCAAGAUGAACGGUGUGUUGCCUGAUGUACCUUAUGUUGAGGAUGUGAGGGUUUAUAGUACGUUCAUAAGUGGAGACAUCCUCCUCGAGGUUCAUUUUCGAUACACGGGGAACUUUCCUUUCUCAGCAAUUAUUGCAAGAGUCGAGUGGGGUGGAAACGCACACAUACAGAUCACUGGAAAAAUAAAAAUAAUACUAAAGCAUCUAUUACCUCACCCACCAUUUGUGAGACAUGUAUGCAUUGUCCCUGUCAGCCCUGAUGUUACAUUUAAUUUUACUGGUAUAGCAUGUUUCCUACCUGAUUCCAUUCACAAGAAACUAAUAGAUACUGUGAAAGAAGCCUGGCCUGAAGAGCCAUAUGAUAUUCCAGUGGUGUAAAAUGCUCUUAAGUGUAGAAGACAAAUUACCAACACUAGAGAUUCAUCAAGCUUACGGUACUGAACACCUGCUCCCAGGCUGAGGGACUGAUUACCUCAUCUUCUAUCUCUUCAGUCCUCUGUAUUGCAUUGAUAUUAUUAUUAUUAUUCCAAUCAAACCUAAGCACUAAACCCACAAGGGUCAUACAGCAUAUUGUAUUGACAAAGCCACUGGUUGGCAAACAUCUACAGAGUAAAGAUACCCCAGUUGUUGCA